GCUUAACCAGAACAGUGGCAAUUUCGUAAUUAACCAAAAUCCCCAAUAGAUCCUCCCCGGAAAACUGCCCAUCUUCUUCUUCGUUCACUACGCCACCCUCACUCUACACUCUUCCAAACUCUUUCUCAGACUUAGCCAUGGCGGAUUCAAAGUCUCCGUCAGCAGCAGCGAAGCAUCAUUCACCGAUAAAAGCAGAGGCCAAGGCAAUCUCUUCGCUGUUCACCACAAGGGGAACGAUGGUGUUUGCUUAUGGCGUCACAUUUGCUUUUGUUGCUUGUACGGCUUUCUUGGUGCUAAACCCAUCUUCCAAUUCCUCUCCUUGGAUAAAAAGUUUCCUCAAGUCGUCGUCUUCCAGCUCCCGGUUUUCCUCUCUUUUCUCUUCUUUUGUUUCUAAUUUUUCCCAAACCGAUGGCAACCCACUUCCUUUCACUUACCCACCGGCCGCCCCGUUUCGGGUUUCUUGGGAAAGCAGUGGAUUUGGUGACAAAAAUGGGUCUUUGUCCGAUGAUGGAGAAAGUCGAGUGUCGGAGGAUAUUCGGGCAUUCAAUCAAGCGGGUACUUUACUCUUCACUCCGACUGUUUCUUUCUCUCAAGAAUCUAAUGGCACAUCAAAAGGUUUAGUUAUUCAAAUUUCCAGUAGCCCAUCAAAGAAUGAGAGUUGGGAUGCUAAUGUAACAAGAGAUCCAGGUGGUUCUCAGUCUUUCUCGGAUAAUGCUGGUGAUUACCGAUUUGCUUUAAAAGGAGAAGAUGGAAAGGAAUCAAAGGAUGUUUUGGAUUUGGAAAUGAAUGUGACAGGGGAAGGGGUUUUAGGUAAGGGGCGAGAGUCUAGCAAUGUGACACUGGAAUCAAAUGAAAUGGAUGGAUUUGGAAGUGUUGAUGACAUUUUUAGUAAGCAUAGAAAUGGAGAUCUUAAGGAUAUAGACUUAAUGAACCAUUGUAACAUAUUUGAUGGGAAGUGGGUGAGAGAUGAUUCUUGUCCAAUUUAUGCACCAGGGUCUUGUCCCCAUAUUGAUGAGCCUUUCAAUUGUUAUCUUAAUGGUAGACCUGACCGAGGCUAUGAGAAGUAUAGAUGGCAACCCAAAGAUUGCAAUAUACCAAGGUUGAAUGGUAGGCAUAUGCUGGAAUUGUUGAGAGGAAAGCGUGUAGUUUUUGUUGGUGAUUCUCUAAACAGAAAUAUGUGGGAGUCUCUUGUGUGCAUCCUUCAUAGCUCAGUGGGAGACAAAAGUAGAGUUUUUGAAGCCUCUGGCAGAAAUGAGUUUCGAACAGAUGGCUCUUAUUCUUUCAAGUUUGAAGUAUAUGUUCCAAAUUCUUCUCAUUGAUUUGGAUUUCAUAGUCUUGAUAUAAUCUUCUUUUCCUUGCCAAGGAAAACUCUUUCCAUAUUUCACCUUGUUUUGCUUAUUGUUUGUUAAUAAUGGAUGGAUGGAUUAACAGGAUUACAACUGUUCAGUGGAGUACUUUCGAUCACCAUUUCUAGUUCAAGAAGGUGACAUGUCUGGAAAAAAUGGAUUGAUGAAGGAAACUCUUCACCUUGAUAUGAUUGAGAAAUCAUCUGAUAAGUACAAAAGUGCUGAUAUUCUCAUCUUC